UCGAGUUUAGGACUGGCUUCGGGGCGGCCAGUAGGGGGCGCCGCCCGCAUUGUUUCGCCGGCCGCGAAGGGAGGCGGAGGCGCCGCAUUCCCGGCAGCAACCGCUGCGCCUCCCUUUCGCCUCCGCGUCCCGCUGCGGGUGAGGAGCGAGCAGGCGAGCGGCUGGGGUUGCCUGGCUGGCUGGAGGAGAAUGGCGAAGGAGCCGCCGCCCGCCGCUGCUUCCCUGCCUGGAGCUGGAGCUGCAGCGGCCGUCUUGCCUUUGCCUUGACCCAGCCUCUCCCCCCUCCUUCUUCCCUCAGUUUCUCCUCCUUGGACCCCCUCAGAGAGCGGAGCACGCGGCGGGCGAGCGCUCUCCUCAGGCAAGAAGUCUUCCUCGAAGGCAGACCCCCCGCCGGGCCCUUCCCGCCCCUCCCGCGUGAGGUGUUUCUCUCCGGGCCGCUCCGCCUGGAUGCUGCGGCGGCUCCUUCUUCUGCCGCGGCGCCAUGGCCACCGCGACGCUGCUCUGCCGGGUGCAGUUCCUGGACGACACCGACCCCUUCAACAGCACCAACUUCCCGGAGCCCAGCCGGCCGCCGCUCUACCCGUUCCGCCAGGACCUGCCUUUGGCCACCCAGCUUCCCGGCGUCCACCGCCUCCUCAAAGCCCCACAAAAGCUUGAUGACUGUGCUCUGCAACUGUCUCACAAUGGUACCUACUUGGAUUUAGAGUCUACAUUAGCUGAGCAAAAGGAUGAAUUGGAAGGUUUCCAGGAGGAUUCUGGCAGGAGCAAAAAACACAGUAUAAUCCUGAGGACCCAACUGUCAGUGAGAGUCCAUGCUUGUAUCGAAAAACUUUACAACUCCAAUGGACGGGAGCUGAGGCGUGCACUCUUCUCCUUGAAACAAAUAUUUCAAGAUGACAAGGAUUUGGUUCAUGAGUUUGUUGUGGCAGAGGGCCUCACUUGUUUAAUAAAAGUGGGAGCAGAGGCAGACCAGAACUACCAGAAUUACAUCUUAAGAGCCCUGGGACAAAUUAUGCUGUAUGUGGAUGGGAUGAAUGGUGUAAUAAAUCACAGUGAAACAAUCCAGUGGCUGUACACCCUCAUUGGAUCAAAGUUUCGCCUCGUUGUAAAGACAGCACUGAAGCUUCUCCUUGUUUUUGUGGAGUACACUGAAUCCAAUGCUCAAUUUCUCAUUCACGCAGUGUCCACAGUAGAUGGAAAGAGGGACCUUAAGCCAUGGUCCAACAUCAUGGAGAUUUUAGAGGAAAAGGAUGGAGUUGACACUGAACUUCUAGUUUAUACAAUGACUUUAGUGAACAAGAUGUUGUCUGGCUUACCAGACCAGGAUGCUUUCUAUGAUGUAGUUGACUGUCUAGAGGAACUGGGGAUGGAAGCUAUUUCCCAGAGACACUUGAACAAGAAAGGAGCAGACUUGGACUUAGUAGAACAAUUCAACAUUUAUGAGAUGACACUGCGGCACGAGGAUGGGGAUGACAAUGGUGAGGCUCCUCCUAGUGGCCGCAAAGACCGAAGAAGGACCAGUCUCGGCUGUAAUGAGCAAAGGUGGCUGGAACGUCGGAGGAGCCGCAGGCAUUCUGCCCAGAGUGCCAAAAGCACUUUAUCGGCCCCUGCUAGCCCUUGCACUCAGGCAAGCCCCAACUUUAUGAGUAGCUAUGGGCAGGGCACUGAAGAUCUCAGUGAAAAAGAGGAGGAGUAUGAAGAGGAAGAGGAACAGCCAGUCACAGAGCCUAAUACAGAGGAUGAGGGGGAGGAAGAGGCUACUAGGCAGGUCAAAGCCAGUGAGCUUCAAGAACUACUGGCGAUUAAAUACAGUUCACAAAAUUCUGAGUCUUCAGUCACCCCAAGUGUACUGUCUCAGGAUGAGAGGCCGCCAGUGAGCUUUAGGAAACAAAGUCCGUCCAGGAGUCCAUCAUCUUCUGUACCUGAUUCAUUUGCUUCACACCAUUAUACUCUCCCUUCAUCAGCUUCCUCAUCUGUGUCCAUCAACUGUAUCCAAAAUGCAUCUUCAGUUACUCCAAAAGUGUCUCCAAUGGUUGAAAAAAUGCCUUAUGUACCACAUAGUCCCUUUCACCUUUUCUCCUAUGAUCUUGAAGAGCCUUCAACUGUGAAAGAAAAGGAAACAGAUGGGAUGAGGGAACACAGUCCUCUGGAAUACUUGCAUGUGAACACAUUUUUUGAAUCCUUCAAUCUUUUUAAUUUCCAAUCUUUGUGUUUUUCUAGGCCAUCCUUGGGUGGUCUCCUUACAUCAUCCUAUCGACAGCACCAAGAAUCUUUGGCAGCAGAAAGAGAGAGGCGACGACAAGAGAGAGAAGAGAGGCUGCAACGGAUAGAGCGUGAAGAAAGAAACAAAUUUAAUCGUAAUUAUCUAGACAAGAGAGAAGAGCUAAGACAAGCAAGAGAAGAGAGAUACAAAUACUUGGAGAAAUUGGCAGCUGAAGAAUAUGAGAAGGAACUGAGAAGUCGAAGUUUAUGUAGGGGAAGAAAUGACCUGUCCUUGAACUUGGGCUCUGCUUCACCCACCACUGCUGCCAGUCCCCAGUGUGCAAGUCCAGCUUCAACAGAUUCUCAGGAGGAACUAAAGACUCCUGCAAUAAUUUUCAAAACACCUCAGACUCCAGAAGUGAGUGCCAGUGAACCUGAAUGUGAACCAGAACCUGAGCCAGAGGCAGAAAACAAAACAGAGCAGAAAGAUGAGGCAGAGUUCGAACAGGGAACAGAAACUCCCCAAGAAGUAGAGGUUGCAGAGGUGGAGCCAGAGAGUGAAGUGGAGCAAGGACCAGAGCAAGAGACAGAAGAAGGUGCAAUACUCAGUGAAAAAGAGAGGCAGAAUGAAGAUGUGAACGAAAAAGACAACUGCUCUGCAUCAAGCAUAUCCUCGGCAAGCAGCACUUUAGAAAGGGAGGAAAGGGAGGAAAAAAUAAUCAGUAACAGUACAGCUGAUCCAUGGUUGCAGACCAUUCAAGAUGUUAGUGUGAAUGAUCAGUGCAGCAAUAUCCUCAACAACAAACGGUUCAUGCUGGACAUGUUGUAUGCCCAUAACAAGAAGCCCAGGGAUGAAACGGAUAAAGAGCUGGAGGAGAAGACGGAGGAAAAGGAGAUGACAGAGGCAAAUGAAGACACUCUCACUAGCCUGGCCAGCAGGAUCUCAGUCUUACAGGCUACAAAGCAGUCCAAAGAUGAAAGUGUCAAAAAAAUGGAAGUUGGGAAUUUGGACAAUCAAGGCAGUGUGAAAGCCUUUGCAGAAAGAUUCAACAAUAGUGAGAUGGGCAAGACUACACACUUUCCUGAAAGUGACUUUACUGAAAAGGCCAAUGAAAAAAUACCAGUCCAAACUAAAAAGGAAUCUGACUAUAUUUGGGAUCAACUUAUGGCCAAUCCAAGAGAACUUAAAAUCAAAGAUAUGGAUUUUACAGACUUAAGGGACGAAGAUGAUGUUGACGUAUUAGAUAUGGAAAUGCAUCCUAGAAACUCCUUAGCUGCUCCUCCACCACCUCCACCUUCCUUUUUUGGUUUGCCUCCUCCACCCCCUCCCUUGUUUUAUGGAUGCCCCCCUCCGCCCCCACCCUCCAGUAAUUUAUUGGCUCCCCCUCCUAUUUUUGGCAUUGCUCAGGGUUUAGGGUCACCCCCGCUUCCUAGAGGUCAGCCAGCCUUUGUAAAAAAGAAGAAAACCAUCCGCCUGUUUUGGAAUGAGGUGAGGCCAUUUGAGUGGCAGUGUAAGAAUAACAAAUGCUGCAAAGGAUUCCUGUGGUCAAAACUGGAGCCUAUUAAAGUGGAUACUUCCAAACUAGAACACCUCUUUGAGUCUAAAUCCAAGGAGCUUCCUGUCACAAAGAAAACUGCUGCAGAUGGCAAGAGGCAAGAAAUCAUUGUGUUGGAUUCCAAGCGGAGUAAUGCCAUCAAUAUUGGGCUGACAGUAUUACCCCCUCCAAGGACGAUCAAGACUGCCAUUUUAAACUUUGAUGAAUAUGCCUUAAAUAAAGAAGGAAUAGAGAAAAUUCUCACAAUGAUUCCCACUGAAGAAGAGAAACAGAAAAUUCAGGAAGCUCAGUUAGCCAACCCUGAUAUCCCACUGGGCACUGCUGAGCAAUUCCUUCUUACUCUUUCUUCCAUCACUGAACUUACUCCUAGACUUCAACUCUGGGCAUUCAAAAUGGAUUAUGAACUUGUGGAAAAGGAGGUUGCAGAACCACUUUCGGACUUAAAGGAAGGAAUGGACCAGCUGGAAAAUAAUAAGACCUUGGCAUUUAUCCUUUCUACUUUACUAGCUAUUGGAAAUUUUCUCAAUGGAACCAAUGCCAAAGCUUUUGAACUAAGCUACCUCGAGAAGGUUCCAGAAGUCAAGGAUACAGUGCACAAGCAGUCUCUACUACAUCAUGUCUGCACAAUAGUGGUGGAAAAAUUCCCAGACAGCACGGACCUUUAUUCUGAGAUUGGGGCCAUCACACGGUCUGCAAAGGUGGACUUUGAACAACUUCGGGACAAUCUGUGUCAAAUAGAGAAACGAUGCAAAGCAUCAUGGGAUCAUCUGAAGGCCAUAGCAAAGCAUGAAAUGAAAUCAACAUUAAAGCAAAAAAUGUCUGAGUUCCUUAAGGACUGUGCAGAAAGAAUAAUAAUAUUGAAAAUUGUCCAUAGAAGAAUAAUUAACAGGUUCCACUCCUUCUUAUUAUUUAUGGGUUAUCCUCCUUAUGCAAUCCGUGAAGUCAACAUCAAUAAGUUCUGCAAAAUUAUUAGUGAAUUUGCUUUGGAGUAUCGCACCACCAGAGAACGGGUUUUGCAGCAAAAGCAGAAGCGAGCCAACCACAGAGAAAGAAAUAAAACCAGAGGAAAAAUGAUCACAGAUACUGAUGAAGAAGAUGACAAUGAGUCUGGGAAAUUCUCCAGCAGCUCCCCAACACCACAGAAUCAACCACAAGGUCUGCAGUAUGCUGAAGAUGCUGUGGAACAUGAGAACAUGAAGGCUGUCCUGAAGAUAUCAUCUCCAGCCGGGGAGAACACCUCUAUGUUAGGAGUGCGCACUCGAAGCAGAGCCAAUCGAGGUCGUAUUGGUUCAUGGAACACUGGCAAUGAUGAUUCACCUAAUGCUACAGAUGACACAGCAGAUGAGAUAAUGGAUCGCAUUGUCAAGUCUGCCACGCAAGUGCCAAAUCAGCGAGCUGUGCCUAGAGAAAGGAAAAGAUCAAGAGCAAACAGAAAGUCAUUGAGACGGACACUUAAGAGUGGACUGACACCAGAAGAAGCCAAAGCACUGGGUCUGAUGGGCACUUCCGAGAUGCAGGUGUGAUGACAACGCCCAAGUGAGCUGCAGGAAGAACCUUCGGUAUACACAUAAACGUGCACACACACAUACACACUAAUACACAUACGUGCACAGCCAGACAUCCCAACACAGGCUGCCAAUGGCCUUUUGGCUUAAUAUUCUUCUGCCAGUUCCCUUUGCUGUUCAUCAUACCCUGCCACUUCCAUAACACUGCAAUGGGGGGAAAACAAAUAAUCAGCACAAAGGGCUAAAAUUAAGAAACAUGUAACUUACCACUACCAAAUUAAGUCAGUUCUGGGAGUAAUUUGGAAAUAAUAAUGCUGCAUUGAUAUAGUCUAUGGUGUUACCUUGUUUUAUGUGAAAGGUGUUUAUGUUUAUUUUCCUUGUGGCCUGUAUAGUAAUUAUUAAGUAAUAUGUUUUGUCUCUUCAAGAGCAAUCCUUUCAACAGGCAAACUUCUGCUAUAAUUACUGUGACUUUUCAAAGUCAAUGUUUCAAAUCAGAUAUGCACCAUUGUUUUUAUCUUUCCUCCAAAGAAUGUACAAAUGUAUGUCUACUUGUGUAUAUACAGUUUGAGUAUGUGUGUGUAUACAUACACACGUGCCUGCACACACCCCCAUGCCCCUACUGAGUCCAGGUGCCUUCAACCUUCAUUCAUCCUAUACUGCAAAAAGGGAAUUCCUUUUUACAGGAACUCUUUUAUGCUGGAUUGUUUUUUUCUGGUGGGAUCUUUCUCAACUUGCACAUUUCUGUAUAACAGCACAUAAUCACAGCAGAGUACCUCUAAUUACUCAACUCAAGAGGUGAAUGUAUGCAUAAAUUAUAGUAGUAGGUUUGUGUCAAGGUUAAGUUAGAGUUCUGUGCGUACAUGUGAACCCAUUUUACUGCAUUUCUAACCUUAUAUAACAAAGUUUAAGAAUGCCAGUCUAGGUGAACAAAGGACAAAUAACUUAAACUCCCUUGCAAUGACGUUUUCAACGCAAGUGCAGUCCAUUAAUUGACAGCAGGGGAAAUAACAAUUGUUCACAAUCCCCAAAUGUUAAACAUCCAGAGAUGUCCUUUCUAAAGUCAACAGACUGUAGUUUGAAGAAUAAUUUUAAAGAGAUGUCUUACACACAUUUCCGCAGCUUGAAUUGUUCAGCUCUUUCACUUUCAUAAAAACAAUCCUGCUUGUAAAAUUCAAAGAACAUAACAGACUCAGUGCAAUGUUUGAAGUUUACAAAGAAUGGUACAGAAGGGAGUUUUUAAUACUAAAACAUACCUCUAAGCUAGUCGUAGUAAAUAAGUCAUAAUGUUAAUCAUACCAUCCAAUUGGUUGGCACCUUUUCAAGAGAAUGUUCCACAUUAUUCCAGAAAAUUCCAGUCUCAAUCUUUGUACAAAAAACCAAAAUACUAAACAUGUAAGAAAAUGCACAAGAAGUUCUAGUACUGUAUAACAUCUCACACUCGACUCUUGGGUUUCUUUUUAUAAAUUACUUUUAUUUUGCUCUCUUUUUGUGGAUAGUGUUCUUUUAUAUGUAAAAGUAACUGUGAAGUCCCAGAAAAUGUGUCCCUCAAUUUUUGAUACCCUUGUUUUAUUUAAGAUUCAGUCCUAUACUCAUCUACUUAGAAGUAAGUCCCUCUGCACUCAGUGGGGUUUAUUUUCAGAUAAAUAUGUAUAUGAUUGCAGCCUUUGUGGUUCCACAAUGCUGUGGAAGUCAUUUCUUGAUAUGGCUGGUCAGCUAAUGUUUAAGGAAAAGGUGUCAUUGGCCAGUAAAGGACAGGAAUUUGUAUUUAUUCCAUCUUAUUUACUACAAGCCGAUAAGUCUUUAACAUUGGAUUUCUACGUCCUGCCUAUCAGAAACAUUUUGCUGCUUCUCCAGCACCUCUUAGAGCAAUGCAUUAUUUCAGAUUUCCAAAGAUGGUGGUUGUUGUUGUUGUUGUUGUUGUUGUUUUGUUUUUUUGUUUUUUGUUUUUUGCAGAAGGCCGGGGCUCUUUCCUCUAAUGGAAAGAACCCCAUUAGAGGAAAGAGCCCCAGCUUCCCAUAAAAAUACAAUUGUUGCAUAAGUUCUUACUAUUGGUAUCCACAAGAAUAUAUUCUUUAAAAAAAACUUAUUUCUAAGAAAAAUAAUAUUGGGAGUGAGGUAGAAUUCCUACCCUAAACUAUUCUAUUGCACAAUGCCAUUUUAAUAUAUAACAAGGGAUAUAAAGCCCACCUUUCAAUGAAAUUCUCAGGGUAGCAUACAUAAAUGACAUUGAUGCAACAUUCUCCUUUUUAAUUAUCCAAGCAAUGUUUUAGGAUUAGACUUUGACAUAUGUAGAACACUUUAUAAGGUCUGAUUUCUCUUUGUUUUCACAUUUGUUCCAGUAAAACAUAGAAUCUUCAACCACUUAACAUAUAGGCCUAAAUCCUGUUGAUAAUACCACCUGCCAUAGAUUAUUGAAUCAAGAAGACUCAUGUAAAUUUGAGCUCAUUAUUCAGCUGUUGCCUUGGUGAGUCACUGACUACCAAUUGGUCUCAGACCUUGGACAAGACUGUCUAAAACAAUAACUGUUUAUACAUAUUACUAAAAGUAGAACUGUCAUCUUUUUUUAUUUAUUCUUGGCAAAUAAAAUACUCUCAAAUGUUUUUCCAAAAUGCUGUUAUAGUAUCUAUGGGGUUGUUCCUCUUGUUCUUUUUUCUUCUUCUUCCAGUAUAACUUAGGAUCCAAAUAAUUACUAUGGCUCAUGCAAUUGAGCUCAGAGAAAUUUCUGACGUUUUUGUUUGUUUGGGAUACCUAACACAUUCCCAAAUGACAACCUGUUCUUUAAAUUCUCAUCAGUUUGAAAAACCAUUUGUCACGAGAAAGGCUUCCAUUUGGAAAAGCAGCACACAUCUUCUGGCUGUGUUGUCCCACUUGUUACAUUACAUUAGUUUUGGCCAUUACUUUUGCAUGCCUGAGAUUGACAAAACCUUCCUACCUACUCCUAAUAAAAUUUAGUUAUUAUUGACCUUGCCUACACUGAAGAAACAUCAGCAUGAAUAAAAUAAUAAAAUAAUCUAUGCCUUGAUUUUGUUCCUCCACACUACACCUUUUUGAAUGAGUGAAAAAUGAACAUAAGCCCCUACUCUUCAAAAAGUCAGAAAAUUAAAAAAAAAUCCUCUGAAAUUCUGGACUAGGGUUAUCACUUAAUAGUACUUAACCUUAGAAGUCAGCCAAAAUUUCAUGUAUUUCUGUUGAAUGUUCGGGAACAAAAUCCACUCUGCAACUACCCCAAAGUUUAAGCAGAUACAAUAAAUUAUAUAUGAUAUAGUACAAUAUAGUAAUUUAAUGCUUAUAUUGUGCUACGCUAAUAAUAUAUUGUAUGCACAUUUGAUUUGUAAGCCGCUCUGAGCCUCCUCCGGGGUGAGAAGAGUGGGGUAUAAAUGUAGUAAAUAAAUAAACUGGAUUAAAAAAUGGCCCUUUAUUUGGUUUCAGUUUUAGGCAGGGUUCAUGCACACAUAGGUCUGGAACAGGCAUGGGCAAACUUUGGCCCUUCAGGUGUUUUGGACUUCAACUCCCACAAUUCCUAACAGCUGAUACUGUUAGGAAUUGCAGAAGUUGAAGUCCAAAACACCUGGAGGGCUGAAGUUUGCACAUGCCUGGUCUGGACCCAGGCAUAAACCAAUUCACACGUUGAUGAGCUUUCAGAUCCAGCCCACUGGCAGAUCCCGUAGGAAUGGCUUGAGAGGGAUCAGAUUCCCAAACCUUGCCUCUCAGCCACAGGGAGUGUGAUCAAUGUGGCCACCCACCUCUGGAUAAGACUUGCUUCCAGCCAAACAUCCUAAGUCUGUCUGAUAGGCACUGUACACCUGAUCCUAAAUCCAUGUCCCAUGCCAAUCACCUCCACAAAUUUGUGACAAUUAAUCCAAGAUAGGAAAGAUGGUAGAACACAGCUCAGAGGGAAGCAACAGAUCCCUGGCUGUGACUCCAGAAAAAUGGAGCAAGGGGGAGAACUCGCUGGUCAAUGAGUAGCCACCAGUUGUUUUAAACUUAUUGACUGGUGCAGCAGUCCCCAGAUCAAUUUGCCUGGGCUACAGGGGAGCCCAGGAAGGAGAAACAGAUCCAUGUCAUGAGGUAGCAACCAUAGCUCUGUUCCUUCCCCAUCUCACAACCUUGUUGCCCAGUAAAUCAGGCAGCCCAUUUACUUUUCAGACAGUUUUUUUUAAAGCCCUGCACUGGUCAUAGUUCUACAUGUUUCUACAGCUCCCACCGUGCCAGCAUUGUUUCUAGAAUGCCUUGUAGAUGUGAUACCACAGUACUAAUGUGGCAUCACCUUAUCCUCCCCAUUAGCCAAUACUUCCCCAAAUGAUUUGGGUUUCAUGCAGUGUUAUAUUGUACCACUGUAAAACACUACAGAAAGUGUACCCAACAGGAAGCCGCCGAGUGAGCUUUGCACCUCUUUGAACAAAAAAGUAUGAAAAAGUUAUUUAAAAUCCUUUAUUAUUUUAUAAACUGAGAUAAAGUAAAGCGACAGUGCGCACACACACACACUGUAUUUUUUAUUUAAAAUUUGUUCUCUUAACCAGAAAAUCAGUGAUUUGGUUUUUUAAAAAGUAUAAUAGAUAUUUUGGCCUAGCUGUGUGUGUCUAUGCCUUCAAGUCACCUGCUAACUUAUGGCAACCUGAUGAAUUGCCUCAGGGUUUUCCUAAGCACGGGAAACUCAUAGGUCAUUUUGCCAAUUCCUCUCUAGCCUCACCUUAGUCUGUUUCAAAGUUUUCAAUAAGGAUAUUACAAUUCUAGGUGCCCAUUAUUUUAACAUAUUAAUAUAAUUGCUGCCAAACAACAAUCUAGUCAUCUUUAUGGUAUUUUUUGGAAAACAAAUUGAUAUCAGCAUCCCCACCUCCUCUGACACCCCACCAAUUAAGAAUGAAAUGGGGUCAUUUCAGUGUUUUGAAAGUAAGCAACCUUGAAGUCAAUUCUGUUUCCUCUCUCCAAAAUCAAGGCAAUAGGACCUUUGCUUUGAAGUCCUGCAGCAGAAAUAUCCAAAGGAACUGCACAAAGUGUGUGUUAAAACACAGUGAAAUACUCCUUUUUUCACUUGUAGUAGAUUCCAGAUAUUGAAAACAAUCUAUUUGACCAUUAAGCUCUGCCUAUUGUUUUCUUACAAACCUUGCUCUUGUAACUGAAAUAUAACAAAAAGGAAAUACAGUAAGGGAAUUUAAAUACUUGGUUAAUAUGUCUUGUUGGAGGCAGAUCCAUAUAAUAUUAAGCACAUGGUCCUCUGUCCUAUCCUGAUACAUCUAUGUACAGCUCAUUUAUGAAACUCAAGAGUCUCUGCCACUUUGUGUCAACAGCAGUGCCCUACAUAAACCAAGAGUCCUAUUCAGUAUAAGAUGCUUUAUUGACCAGGAUCCUGUUGGUGACAUAUUCCCGCAUAACUCUCAGUUACAAUGGCAUAUGAGCUUUGAAUGACAUUGGACAAUGAGGUAGCCUGUAUUACACAUAUAAUGCCAAUAUCCUUAGUGUGACAGACUGGACAGGGAUGUCUAAGCUCAGCUUUGUUCUCAUAACCACUGAUUGGGUACACUCCUUGAGGGACCCAAGGAUACUUAUACAGAGGAUAGAGGCUGCUUUUCAUUCAUGGGUAUUCAAAAACAAACUAAAUGCACCCAUGAAUAGCCCCACAUGCCAUCAGUGACUGAAAAAAAUAGAGCCAUGCCUGGAAGCAUCCGGUUUCUCUUGUGCACUGAGAUGGAAAUAGGGACAAGAGAUCAGCCUCCACUACUUCCAGCGAUAGUGUCAUUAUAUUGGCAGGGACUUGGACCCAAUCAGGUGCUUGCUGAACCUAGAUCUUUAUGUUCCUCUAGCCCAGUGGUUCUCAACCUGUGGGUCCCCAGGUGCUUUGGCCUACAAUUCCCAGAAAUCCCAGCCAGUUAACCAGCUAUUAGGAUCUCUGUGAGUUGAAGGCCAAAACAUCUGGGGACCCACAGGUGAAGAACCACUGCUCUAGCCUCAAUAAGAUUUUCACAUAAGAAAGCCUAAAUUGAUAAAUAUUAUCAUUUCAAUUAUAUACAUUGCUAGCAACAUUCAUGGAAGAGUAUGUGACAUAAGUGAGGCCUGGACUUUGGUCACUAUCCACUGAAAAGUUGUCCUAGAGAGGUGCCAUUCAAGUCCUCCCAUCUAUUCAGCUCAGUCACUUUCAUGCCAGUAAUUGCUGUUAAUACACUCUUCACUAGGUCUUUCAUAAUUCAAAUAGAUUAGGAUUCAUACUAUUAUCCACCAAAUAUUCUCCAUCUAGACUAUUAAAAAUAUUGUAUUUCUACCAUUUCACAAUAGCUUGAUUCUAUAAAACAUAGAAAGCUCCUUGUUUUCCUCUGAGAAAAACAAGGUGUUAUUUACCAGAGAACAUACUAAACCUGAUUUCUAUAAAACAUUUCGCUCAAUAUACUUAUUUCCAUUGCUUAAUCUAGCAUUUCAAAUGUGAUAUGGGGUGAGGUAGAUUUCAUUUAGUUACACAAUUUGGUUAUAUGACUGAUUCAGGAGAAAAAAAUAAAUAUAUUUUAAAUAACAUAUAGAGGGGAAAUCCUUUAAAUUAAUUUUGACAUUUGUUGUUACUUAAAAGUUUUAACAGCUGUGAAAUCUGACUUAUUUCUGAAAGAAGAAGCCUAUUUGUGUUGUUGGGGAUGGUUCUCUUUUUAAGGACUGUCUUUGGACUUAUCGUGUCUUUUCUGUGAGCUGGGAAUUUUGAAAAAAAUAGAUGUAAAUUAGAAAAGAACAAUUUUCUAGACAAAGAACAAUUAUUGUAAAAAUGUGUAAAUGUUGUUAGUCUUCCUUGUUUUUUUGUGUAGUAUAGUGUAAAAUAAGCUUUUUUCCAACAGUAUUAUUUUGUGAAUUGUAAUUUAAGAACAAGCCAUGCAUAUGAUAUACCCUUUAGAAACACACACUUACCAUAUACAGACAAAUGAUUGUUGUUUGCCUGAUUGUAGGCAGGGUCUUAUAAAAGGUGUGAAUUAUCCAGGACAUACUCUUAUCACCGUUGGUUUAUUUAAGUUGCAGUUUUGUCCCCACCUACCUGGGAGUAAGCCUAAUUGAAAUCAAUGAAUAGAGUAGUAAAAGAUUGCACUUCUGUGAAGAACUUGAAUUAAUUUACUACAUACAAGUACAUUGGCAGUUUGUAGUCAUCACCAUACCAUUUUAGCAUUCAUUGCCCAUAGUGUAAUUACCUCCUUUUAAAAAAUUACUCAUAGUCUGUUUCUGCUCCCAGUUUCACCCUAUUUUUUAGAUUACUGUUUUCCUGUGCCAUGCAAGGUGGAUAUAUUGAAUAUUGACCUGUGCCCAGUGUCUCUCAUAUAAUUUAAAAGUCCAUUUCUACUGCAUUAUGUAAACACAUCUUGCAAUAAAGCUUUCUAAUGCA